CACUUGAAAAAUUUGUUGAUGAUCCAUUAUCAGUGUAUCUUCUCCAAUAAUUUUUCAUUUUGUUUCAUCUGACAACUCUCUUUUUCAUCUGCGUUUAAUUUAUUAUAUUGUGAUUCGAUUACUGUGUGUGGACGCAUACAUUGGGAACGUGACUAGAUCUUCCCGGAGUCUGGUGGAGCAGUCCCAGACAAGAGCUUCGAAACGGUGUUAAUCCCAGAUUCAGUCCAGGUUCUGGUUCCUGUGACUUGUGGUAAACGAAAAGUUGUGUACGAUCUACAGCGUUUUCGAGACUACAUCUACAGUGGAUUCUAAGAUUGGUUGCGGUAAAGUUUCUCUCUGUUUGAAUUAUGUCUCGUGUUUUUACCCGCGGAGGAGGACGCGGUGGCAGUGGUAGUGGAGCGAGUGGCGGCAGUGCCAAUCCUGUUAAUACCAAUAAUAAUUCGUCUGGGCCUGGUCGUUCUCGAGGAUCUACUGCUGCCACUGCGUCUGGAGUGCAACGCGAAUGGAAAGACGAUAUUGGCGAUAUCAAGGAGACUGAGAAUCGCAACACUAAUAUCUCAUCUGUCAAUUCUAACUAUUCUCCCAAUCCACCAUCUCAGUCGCAUCCGCAAAAUCAGCCAUCCGGUGGACAGAAUUUCAACCAGAAUCAGCAGCACCAUCAGGGUGGUCAACAGCAGCGCCAGCAACCGCGUCAGCAGCAGCAGUUGUAUCAAGCGAAACCACGCGGUAAUUCGGAAAAGAGUCGCGGCGGUUCGUCGGGUGAGUUUGGCGCGUUCCAACAUCAGCCCCAGCAGCAUGGGGGGCAGAAUCGGGAACGCGAAGGAGGUCGUGGCGGCGGCAAGCACGGACACAGUGCUCCGAGGGACCACGGACGCGGGAAGCGCGAUGGCGGAAAUCGGGGUAAUAAUCCCCGAAACGAUGGAGGCUCGUCCGCUGGUAUGGCGGGUGAACAACAGCAGAGUCAGCGCGGAUUUGAUCAGCACUCAUCACGGGAGACGUCCAGCAUCGAUACCACCGAAAAUGAUGAGAACGUUAUGCAUAUGCCGCGAAACAUGAUGAACGAUGAUAUGCGCGAUACUCAUCAGCCACAUUUUGGCAACAAGGGUAACCAGGGCAUGCCUAAUCAGGGCCGUCGCGAGCAUAAGAACGAUGCGAUGCGCAGCGAUAAACGCGAUCGUGAACGGGAAGAACCCUUGCCGAAGAAUCGUGGUGGCGAGCCGAAUCGACAAGGCAUGAAUAUACAUCAAAACGCAUUCAGUGAGCCGCCGUUCGGGAAGUCGUCGCUCGACGAUGAGCGAGACAAUGACAGUUUGACUGGAUUUGGGUCGUUUAAAAACGGGCCGAUUGGUGUCGGGCGCAUGCUGCCGCCCCAUGGGCAUGUUUUUGAUGAUUCAAUGAACAUGUAUUCAACUAAUAAACGUUAUUUUCCCAUUGGCGAUAUGGGUCAUUCCGAUAAAGGAAUGGGUGAGCGGUUUGAGCAGUCAUCGCAUGAUGGCGGGGAUAUUUUCUCUGGGAAAGACGUCUUCUGGCGUGGACCGGAACGGGAGGAAAAGCGUGAUGUGUUCUUAAGGGAGGACUCAUCGCCUACCGGUCUGGGCGGGAAAUCGAUGAUCUGGUCCAGUCAAACGGCCGGCACUCCCAUCCCACAUCCUCAGUCCGAAUCACCGCAUUUCCCACGCCCACUGGGCUUUGGUAUGGAUCAUUCAGCGUUCGCAACCAGUUUGCUUACCGGCACAUCACCGUCGAUGAUGGAGCCGCAACACAUGGAUGCAGUUGGAAUGCAUCAUCAGCAUCGUCUCAUGCAGCAGCACCUGCCGAUUAAUCAGUUCCUAGGAGGUAACGAACGUAUGCACGACCGUAUCCCUGCCAUGUUUGGCCAGCCACCUCCGGUCCCGCAGAUGAUGGGCCCGAUUCGAAUGGGCUUCCAUCAUCCACAGUUCGCAGAACCGUUUAUGUCGACAGCGAUGGGCCGUGAGCCGCCAGUGGCCGGUCGUGGAGUGUUGCCGGUUAAUCCGCAGCAGGCACAGGUGACACCGCAAGGUGGGCAACCAGGUGGAGGGUUUGCUGUCGCCCCGGGAGUGGCAGCCGCGUUGAAUAUGGGAGCUUCACCUUCGCCACGAUCGCCUCAUGCUGGUAAUCAGGAGAAGAACUGGAACUGGGAAGAACAACAAAGCACGGAAGCUCGGGAAGCCACGCCACCAGCGCCAGUUAAGGAGCCUGAAGAGGAUUUUGGGGAAUUCAAAUGUCCGGUUCUGCGAGGACCAAAGAAUUUCGACAGUUUGUGUGCACAAGUCGAAGAACUGAGGACAGCAAUACAGGAACAUUUGAAACAGCUCGUCCUGAAUCCUCACCGGGAACGAUUGCGCCGUGUAAUGAUUUUAUGCUUUACAUUAUGGAACGCGAUUCGGGAUGCCAUCUUGUUGGACAAUAUCCAAGCGUGUGAUAAAUCUAGAGAAUUGGAUCAGGUAGUGUGGCGGGAAGGCUUUUAUCCGGUGUUGGACUUACUGCGUGGAUUGCUGGCCAAGCCGACACCGAAACAUGAUGCGGUGGGCGUUAAUGAAGCCAUCAAAGUGUUCCUGCAAAAGGCACUGAAAUUCUACACGGAUUUGAUUCCCAAAGUUCUGCAUCCAUUUGGUGGGUCUGUAACGGCGCAGACGCUUGUUAAUGCGCUGACGUCUAAGGCACCAAUGGCGGAUCACAUCGUCAUAAGUUUACAGCUGGCGGAACGACUCCUUACUCAUUUGGGUGAUUUGUAUCGCUAUCAGGCCGAAUUGCCGGGAUCUGAUGGAUCCGAACUGAAUCUGGCUAAGGAGGCAUACCAUAAGGCUUGCCUGUUAAGUCCUUUUAAUGGACAGCCACAUAGCCAGCUGGCGUUGGUUGCCAAACGACAGAAUCGUCCACUGGACAUCGCUUUCCAUUCAAUUAGAGCUAUUUCUGCUCGUUUGCCCUGUAAUCUUGCACAGUCACAUCUAAAUGCUUUAUGGUCAUCAGUUGAGAAAACGUAUGAGAAUAAAUAUAAAAAUGAAGAGAAAAUUCCCUUAUGGAGCGACUUACCACAUUCUGAGUUAUCUAAGCGAUUUCACUUAACAUUCCUGGCUAUCCAUGCAUCGCUCCAUCAUAACAAAUUUGUCAGUGCGGUUCUGAACUCCCAAGGCACACAGUUCUUAGGCAUGUUGGAUGCGGUGUUAAAUCAUCCUCUGGCUCUGGGAUUCCGCGACAUUCUUUUACAAAUGAUGGCCAUAAACAUCUACCGCAUUUCAGUGCUGCAGACCGACAGCCACCAUUACGCGUUUCUUAUGGACUUGUCUUUCAACAUGUUUGACAUCAUCCUGGCGCGUUUGCUGAAGAUUUUUGAGGCAGCCCCCGAUCUGGAUUCCGCAGCCCAUCUCGAAGAUACCACGAUUUUUUCACCCGUUGUAAAAGUGUUUGUAGACUGGAUGCAAACAUCUUACCAGAAAUGGUUUCCCUUGCCACCAUCACAACUCAGUGCGCCGCGAGAUACAAAACGAACGAGUAUGUGGUCACGAAUCGUAUCGUUGGUGAAUUUGUCGUUAACUUUGAAUGUGGCCGGGGUGGCCGAGGAACGCUUCCCAGAUAGUACACCCGAAAAGCUAUACGAAGAUUUGUAUCUGAACGGUAUGCAACACGUGCAUCCCACACUGUGUAUUUUCUACCGGGAAUCGAAAUUGCAUGAGGCUAUAGCGGAACCGCGUUUCCGUUUCCGGAAAAUGCAGUCCGUUGGCCCAGUUCUGUUGUCCGUCUCGCCGCCUGUGGCACGCCUGCAGUGGAAUCGUUUCUUGCCGACUGAUGCCUAUCUGGAUAAGAAUAUUAAAGUCUUGUGGGCUCCGCUGGAACCGCCGCCGGUUCAGCGCGUCGAGCCGCUUCCCACUUUGGAAUCUCGCCCACCGGCACCGAUGCCCGUGCAGCCCAUGCCAAUUCUUCCCUUGCCUACCGAACGUACCGAGGUUGUACGUCAAUGGCGUCCCACGCAAGCGCCUGUCAGCGAUGCUACGGAACAGAAUUGGCCCACACUGGGGCAGGCGACGCGAAUAACGUCAGAUGAUCGUCGAGAUCGGGCUCGCACUUCCUCGAUGAACUCUGGUGAUGAUAACCGCGGUCCUCGGAAUGGUGAAACAGGCGGCAGCACCAUGGAAAAUACGCGAAGCAAUGUGGAGCCAUGGUGGUUGAUUGAUAAACGUCUGCGCAAUACCGACUCCAGCAAUCAGCUGAAGCUGAAUGGAAUGGAGCCGACUGACCGACGAGGUCCCAUGCGGAUGGAAGAGGCGUCGAAACAAUUCUAUCUAAUUGAUACCAAUUGUUUGAUUGAUGCGUUGGAACGUAUCGAGAAAAAGCUGCUGGAAAACGAUGACUUAGUCAUUCUUAUCCCAGCCACAGUUUAUCGUGAACUAUGUAAAUUACACGAACGGAAAAAUGCCAAAGCUUGGAAUGCUUUGAGUUUCAUUAAUGAUGCAAUGGAACAUUCGAAAAACCGAAUUAUGGUCAUCACCGCCAAGGCCGACCAGAUCCCGUCAGCUCAAUUGGCGCGACGUGAAAUCGUUUCGGAAAGGGGAAGCAACGACGAUAUUAUUUUGCGGACGUGCAUUACCCUGUCAGAAAAAGGACUCUUCAAUGAAGAUGAUCGGGAUCGCCGAAUGUAUUCCGGCGAUGGCACGUGGCGCGGCAGUUUAACACUGUUAACAUCGGAUGUAAAUAUGCGUGUGAAGGCGCGUAAGGAGAACAUUUGUUGUCGUCUGGUACCGGAUGUUUUGGGCAACUGAUGUCCAUCCUCCAGAGGCACGUUCACAUGUUUUGUCUCCGACUCAUAACUCUCAUCAUAUGGCUUGACGAACCCAUUUUCCCGGAACCUGGAAACUGUUCACGUUCCACCGUAUGCGAAUAAAUGGUGGAUCCUCACACACAGACAACACUAAUUUCCUAUCAUUUCUUUUUACUUCAAGAGAGGCAUUGGUCGUUUUUUCCUUGAUUAUUGAUUGGUUUGGUUGGACUUUGUAACAUUAUCUUAGACUGCAAUUUUUGCAUGAAAACGGUAAGAUAACGGAUCGGCGUUGUUUUAUCCAUAUCCUCUCAAAGAUGUGGAGAUUCGGUGGAAAUAGUUAUGGAUGGACCGAGGGGAUGCUUGUAGUUGGUUGGAUUUGGUUUUACUGACUAACUGAAGUUAUUCUCCUUGCGUUGACUUUUACUUAUCACUUUGCUGCUUGCUGGACUCUUUUUGAAGUAUGGGAAAAGCUUAGCGUGAUGCUUUCCCGCAGUGGAACCAUUUCUCCCUCUCGAUGGCUUGUCCGUUGUAAGCUGGGUCACUGCAUGAAGUGCUCGCCAACUUAUGUUUUCCUUUGGUAGAAUCUGGUUGUUUGUUAUAAAUGACGCUGUGGAGAUCAUGUAAAAAACCGAAUCAUUUACAA